AUAAUCAGGAGGAAAGUUUAACGAGUGGUUCUUUAAAUACUAUGAUUGAAUUAUCUAAGAAAACAAAAGAAAGUAUAAAACGAAAGAUAUUAACCGGGCUCCAAAAACAAGCUUUAUGUAUUAAAGCACGAGAUAAUCCAAAUUAUACAUUAAGUGUUUUAGCAACUGAAUUUGGAAUAAAACCAAAUACUGUUCAUGAUAUUCUCGCUGAAAAGGAUACUUGGUUAAUAUUAGAAAAAGAUUCACCACUCGCUAACUCUAAACGGCGCUGUACUGUUGGAUUUCUAACUAUUGAAUCAGCACUUGUUUUAUGGGUUGAACAUGCUAUACGUAAUGAACAAACUCUUUCUGGUUGGGUUAUGAAUUUUAAAAAAUGUUAUCAUUUGAAUGAAUUUGUUCGACAAGUUGAGGCCAACUCAGCACUAUUAGAAGAUCUUCCACAUUAUCGAAAAGAAUUACAGCAACUUAUUCAAUCAUAUCCAAGAGAAAAUGUUUUUAAUUGUGACGAAACCGCUCUUUUUUAUUAUCUAGAACCUACAAAAAUAUUGGUACAAGGUCCUGUUACAGGACAAAAAAAAGCAAAAGAUCGCAUAACUUUAAUGCUUACUGUAAGUUCUAUAGGGGAAAAGUUAACACCUUUAAUGAUUCACAAAUAUAAAAACCCACGACCACUUAAUGGAAUUAAUAAAAAUACUUUACCACAAACUGGCAUUUUACCUGAUGGUACUGAUGUUAAUGUUGAUAAUGAAACUAUCCAAUCUAUUGAGCAAUCAACCAAUUCUGAACUACUAAUGCUUAUAAAUAAAUUUUCUCUUGGCAUUGAAGAAAAUCGAAUAGAAUUAGAUGAAUUUAUUAAUUUGGAUAAUUAUAUUGCAGCUAAUAAAAUGCCGUCAAUGAAGUCUAUAAUUGAAACAGUUGAAAGAAAAGAAUCUUCCGAACCUGAUCUUUCAUUAAUCCAACAUAUUUCCUAUAAAUCUGCACUUGAAUAUAUCGAAAGUUUAUUUUAA